UUGGUCUACCAAAUAGAUGGCUUUUGUGUAUUUGAGCUCAGUCUGUUUUAGUAAUCCUGUCGAACACUGAUUUUUUUAAAUGUAGCUGCAUAAGUGUUGAUCUCCACUUUUUGGAGGAUCGAGAUUUGAAAUCAGUGGAAUUAGAGUAUGAUAACUAAAGAGAUGGCUGAAACACCUGUUUCCAUAAUACGUCUUCAAACUAAGGGCAUUUGUGGCAUGGAUCCGUGACAGAGAGAGGAGUCUAUCAAGCAUGAUGAUGUAUACUGUAUGGUACAAACAAGUGGAGCAGUACAUGUCAUUCCACAAGCUACCUGCAGACAUGCGGCAGAAGAUCCAUGAUUACUAUGAGCAUCGCUAUCAAGGCAAGAUCUUUGACGAGGACAAUAUCCUGAGUGAGCUCAACGACCCUCUCAAAGAGGAAAUUGUGAACUUCAACUGCCGGAAGCUUGUGGCUACCAUGCCACUGUUCGCCAACGCAGACCCCAACUUCGUGACGGGCAUGUUGAGCAAGCUGAAGUUCGAGGUGUUCCAACCCAACGAUUACAUCAUCAGAGAGGGCACCGUGGGCAAGAAGAUGUACUUCAUCCAACAUGGUGUGGCCAGUGUUAUCACCAAGCUCAACAAAGAGAUGAAGCUGACUGAUGGCUCCUACUUUGGAGAGAUUUGUCUGCUGACGAAGGGGAGACGCACGGCCAGCGUUCGUGCCGACACUUACUGCCGUCUCUUCUCCCUCUCUGUGGAUCACUUCAACGAGGUGUUGGAGGAGUACCCCAUGAUGCGCCGUGCCUUUGAGACUGUAGCCAUCGACCGCCUGGACCGCAUCGGAAAGAAGAACAGCCUACUCCUCCAGAAGUUCCAGAAGGAUCUGAACGCUGGGGUAUUCAACACACAGGAGAACGAGAUAUUGAGGCACAUAAUCCAUCAGGACAGGGAGAUGGUGAUGAUGGUGGACCGCAAGCAGUCGGUCACAGGGAUGUCGGUCACCGGAAUGAACUCCACCCCGAUAUCUGGAAAUUCCAUGAUUAACUCUCCUGCUCAGCAGCCCUACACCACUGCCCUGGGCACCAACCAGUUUCAGCAGUCAUCCUCCCAUUUAACAUACAGUGCUUCGGGCGUCAUUGCUCCCUCUGCCGCAGCCACCGCCCGCAUCCUGCCAGCCUCGACGCAGGGUGUCUACCCUGUCCCCAGUGUCUCCCACAGCAGCCUGAACUCAUCCUCGCCUGUCCCCCAGAUCCCCCUCUCUCUCCAGCAGCAAGGAGCUAUCAUGUCCCCAGUAUCCUGCAACACGGCUGUGUGCAGUCCACCUGUGCAGACCCCUGGGCUGGCGGGACGCAGCUUCCAGUAUGGCUCGCCCACCGCCUCCCAGCUCUCCCUUUUCCAGCAGCCGCUGCCUACUGCCCUACCACCCCAACAACCACUACCACAGCAACCACAACAGCUGCCCCAGCAAACAGGAGGAGCUGCAGCCUCCUUGGCAACACAACAACCACAGCAGCAGCAGCAGCCAACACUGCAGCAAGUCCCUUCACCUCAGAGGAGUGACAUUCUCCACAAGGGCAGCCAUACUCUCCAGUCUGGAAGCCUGAGUCAAGAUGUACGCCACCUAUCUGCCUCCCAACCCUCCCUGCCCCAUGACACAUCCCUGGGGCCCAGAGCGCACCCUGGAGUGUCCGGGGACUUCCUGUCCUCCAUCGCCCUGCCGGUGGCUGCGGUCCAGGGGCCAGGUAUGCAGAGCGGUCUCCACAUCACAGUGCCCCAGAGGGUCAACCUGUUCCGCCAGAUGUCAUCGGGAGCAUUUCCCCCGGUGCGAGCGGCGUCCUCUACAGCCCAGCACAGGGAUUCCACAGGUUCUAGAAAAGAUUCUAGAAGAGAUUCUAACUUAAGUAGUACAGAGACCGACCAAGAUAAGAUGCGGUUCGCAUCAAAUUUAUGAUCCCAUUUGACUUUUUGAAUUCUGUUUGAAUUCACUUUUAAUGGAGAUACAAGAAAAGAUAGAUUAAUUUCUUCUGAAAAAAUAACCUCAUAGAAUUCCUGUACAGACUACCCUUGUAUUAUAUUUUAGACACAUUUUCUUCCUAAACUUAAGAAUGUAUAUUAAACAAAUAUAUAUCAAUAUUUGUAAAUCCAACUAGAAUGUUUGGCAAAGACUAUUUAAAAGCUCUAGUAUAUAAAACAUGAGUAUUUCUUUCCGAAAAAUAUAAAUAUACAAUGUAUGGAUAUUUUUUUUGGGGGGGGGGUUUGUUUGUUUGUUCUUUUCUGUUUUUGUAAACUGGAAUGCGUCGUGAUGAAUCCUGAGUAUUUAUAUUUUUUGUUUUGUACCUGCGAAAAGAGGAACAAAUAUUAUCUCAUACAACGCAGCUUUGUCACCACUGUGGAAUAACUGACGCAACCUUGAAACUGUCAAAAAGCACACACUCAAACAUAAAUCUGAUAACAAAUUAGUGGAAACCUUUAUCUCAUCUUAGCAAUCAAACACUAGUACAGUAGCUAGGUGUUCCAUUGCUCUCAACAAUACAUCCUCUUGAGCAACAAUAUCUUCCUACAGCGGUUCGGGUCCAAAGGGAAUGAAAUAAAUAUAAUUGCUGCUUUUAUUUUUAUUUUUGGAAAGAAGGAUGUUGUGUGGUGUGGGCGAGGGAUGGAUGAUUCUGUUUUUUCUAUUCCUAAUUUCAGACCGUGAUAGACGUUAUGUAAUGUUGCUUAAAAAACGGUGUACAUUUAUAAUAGACUGUGAUAUGAAGAUUAUCUAUAUGUGUGUUGUAAAUAGUUUUAUAGAUCUAGUAUUUGCAGAUACUGUGUGGUGCAUUCUCAAUCAUAACAGUAUCUUACUUCUUUCAGGGACCUGGAUAUCAUUUAUAUGUGGAAAAAAAGUGAAUAAGUGACAGCAAUACAUAUGUUCAUUCGAGAUAAGAAAACCUUAAUGCAAUAGCUAGCACUACUUGAUACUGAGAAAUGCCUGUUCUGAAGUCAAACUGAGAAUCCUUAUUUGUCUGUAUAGUAUUUAUGUCCUUGUUUCAUAAUUCAUUUAAAAAAUUAGGCGUCCCGUCAACGGGACAGUUGUAAAUCAUGCAGCACCUUGUGUCACGAUCGCAGACUUGAGAGAAACAACAAAUGUUGGUACAUAUAAGUGUCUUAUAUCGGCUGAAAGCUUAAAUUCUUGUUAAUAUAACUGCACUGUCCAAUUUACAGUAGCUAUUACUGUGAAAAAAUGCCAUGCUAUUGUUUGAGGAGAGCUCCUAACAACAAAACACUUUUCACCACGAUAGGUUUGAUAUAUUCACCUCUGAAGGUGACAUGUGUACUUACAUUCUGAAGUCUUGCUCUGACUUAUCAUCCAAAGGUUCCCAGAGAUAACAUGUCCUUUUGUUAGAUAAAAUCGUUUUUCAUAUCCUAAAAAAUAUCCUAGCAUUUCCACACAUUCAAGUUGCAAAGAAGGAAUCUGUGAAAAUCUAACACUAAACGUUGUUUCAACCAGUAAAAUCACGUUCGUAUUUAUUCCGCAGAGAUCCUAGAACGUAACCAGACUUCACUAUAUAAUUCAGAGUGUAGUAUAUCCUAUAGGACACCAAAUUUGGUCAGAGAGCGACGCCUUCAUGGCAUGCCUAUGACGCGGGCACUCUUCACUUGAUUGACUAUAACUUUGUCAAAUAAGCACCAAUCAGGGUCAAACAAAGCUAGCUAGAUAGCCAAUGUGCUACGGGAGUAUGCGGAAACCUCGUAUCUGUCACAAAAUGUUGCUGCUAUCCUUGUGCGGAAAAAUGUAAUGUUAAUGUAAAUGUCUCCUACACGAUUUGCCCAAAUGUACCUGGGUGACUUCACACUAAAUGUCAUGUAGUUCACUCAUACUUCAAGUUAUCCGUCUGAAACUUUGCACAUACACUGCCGCCAUCGUGUGGACACCAUCGGACACCAACCAGAGCGAUGGCUAGAUUUCCGACCUUUUUGUUGUAUUUCAAAGAUGGUGGUAGUAAAAAAUAAAUGUUUUUAUUUCUUUAUAUUUUCUUUUACCAGAUCUAUUGUGUUAUAUUCUCCUACAUUCAAUUCACAUUUCCACAAACUACAAAGUGUUUCCUCUUUAUGCUACUCCAUCUUUGGAACAAUAUUAUUUCAAGAGAUGCUAUAUAUGAUUUCAAUCAAAUGGAUAAUACCAAUAACUUUAAUUUUACCAAUAUAUUCAUGCUACACAAUAUAGAAAUACCUUCUUAAAGUGUACAUGAAGUUGUCAAUCAUUUUUUACUGUGGGUGUGUUGGGUGAGUUGCCUACAGCAAUGGUCAGUUAUUAUAUGUCUGACGACCCACACACAAUAUGCCACUUUAGAAUUACUGUAAAUAUGAAUUAUUGUUGAAUAUUAUAUCUUGACUGCAAAUGUUUAAUUAAUUUUGACACCAUUUUAUUCCCUAUUUUUUCAUGAAAUUGUUUAUUUCGUCCACUGAAAGAACUAAAAUGUGUUACAUUUUGGAUGUUAUAUUCUGUCAGCGUUUUUUUAUUGUUGAUUUUUAACCUUUUCUAUUCAUUGACUAGCCUUUCAUAUCAUGUAUUGUGAAUAAUGUGAUAGAAUAGUGUGGCAUGAAUGAAUUUUUAAAAAUCCCAUUCAUCUCAAUGGAAAGAAAAGUCUUCCUGCCGACAGACAAUUUAUAAGUUUCUAAUUUUUUAACACAAUGUGAACUUCUAUAAAAUGGUUCUGUCAUUAUAUUCUAGCAUUCUCAGAAUUACAGUAAUGACUAGUAUAGUAAGAAAUGCAGUCUAUAGAACUGGGAAGUUAUAACAUGGCAAGUUGACUAGACAUUAUAGAAAUUCUGAGCAGAUGUGUAACUCUCUUUGUAGCUAGUCACUGAUGUUGGGUUGAUUAUUAAUGUUGCGUGGAAUGAAACUGGCCAAAGCAAAACAUUCUAAGUAAUUUUCUUUGUUUUGAAAACCGAUACAGAUUCUUCAGUCAGUUAGAUUAAGUGUAAAGAAGGUUAAGAGCGAGAUAUAUUAUAUAGAUUCUAGAUUGGAACUCUCUGGCCCAUUCUAGGGUUCUAAACGUGGAGAGAUGUUCUAUUCCAACAAAGAGUGCUUAAUCCUGUUCUGCCAUAGUACGUGUAUAGGAACUAGUAUUGUACACAGUUCAGAUGGAUAGCAGCACUGUUGGUUUGUGCUGUUUUUGAUGCAUGCCUUUGGAGGGAAAGUUUCCUAUGUGCUUUUUUCACAAUAAUUCUGACCACAGCUAGCUAGUAUUCUGGAAUGGGCAUUAUGAUGAUGUAUAUAGCACAGCAUGAAGGGACAUGUGCGUUUACCAUUUUAGGAGUAUGGAGAACACUGAAUAAACCAGCACAUAAGUUUCUAUAUAUAUUUUUUUUUAAUGCAAAAAUAACAAAAUAACAGUGCCCAGAGAAAGGAAAUAGGAAAUAGCCUCAGAGUAGAAUUUCUGAACUAGGAUCAGUUUUAACUUUUAGAUUAUAAUGAAGAUUAUAUGGACAUAGCACUAAACUGAUCCUCCUAGAUCAGCACUCACACUCUGAGACGCUUUGUGAAUACGGGCCCGGACCUUUUGGUUUACGACCAUGACAGUACAGGUUUAAUAUUUUUACGAAAAUGUGCAUGUUGGAGAGAGAGAUGGAGAUAAUGUAACGAGCCACACAUACACUCCCCUUAAACCCUGCUGACACACCUGGUCAUUGUUGAGCUCAUUCAUGUUAAUGAACCAAGGCUGGGUAAAAAUAAGCAAUUAGUUGGUUACUUGACACAGGCUAAGGAAAGGUACAUGUAAAACUUUCUUACAACUAUAUGCAGACAAACAGUGUUUGUCCCCCAAAAAAUGUGGAUUUCUGUUUUUAUUUUUGUUUGUUUGUAAAUAAACCUUUAAAAUAUAGAAAAUAAAAUACAUUGUCAUUUA